AUGGAGGUGGAUCCACAUAUGCCAUUGGGGCAAAGGGUACGAAAAAUCUACGACAUACAAGAUGGAGGCAUAAUUACGUGCGAUUCGAGUCGAACGCAUAAACUUCCUGCGGCCGCAACGUAUGCGCCACACUGUAAUGCUGCCCAGUCCCUUAUAUGGUACCCCAGGGACCCCCAUCGACAUUCAAGGAUCCUGGUCCCCCCAAAACAAAUUAUUGUGCCUUGGGAGAACUGGGUUACUGACAUGCUUGGACCAACUGCUCGAAUUCGCAAGCCCAUGGACGUCAUGGAGUUAGCAGAAACCAUGGACUCGAGGGACACGGAGGUUCCCGAGCCGGAAGUUGCUGGCUACAAAGGAGAGACUGCAGUCAUUAUUGUGUUAGUCGUAAUGUCCGGAUUCUUCCUUUGGUACUUAUUCUCCCAGUCGACAAUAUUAGGAACACUCUGUUGCCUUCUUAAAAGAGCUAAAUGCUAUAUGUCGAUUGCGCAACCCCUGGAAAGCAUGGCGGACAUUGAAACGGCCUUAGAAAUUGACCCGUUGUCUUACAAAGUAAGAUGUUCGCCAUUAAUUGCAUUUUUUAAGGCAACAUUUCAAAUGGCAGAAAUAUAUUAUCAGUCGACAGCAUUUGAGAGUGCAUUAGUGUAUUUUCAUCGUGGUAGAAAUAUACGACCUGCAGCAAGGGACUUCGUUUUAGGUGUUACGAAAGCAGAGACGGCGAUUGAUAAUGUGAUUGGAGAAGCUACAGGCGUGAAAUUUACCGUGUCAAAGGACGCGCAGGAUGGCGACACAAAUAUUUUAUCAACUGAGCUUCCUGGCGCGUUUUUUGCAAAUUUCAAACCGGAUGCAAUGUUUUCCAAAAAGCAUCUCAGACAACUUAAGCGACUGAUGGGAAAGUCGUACUACGCUGUCCGUCAUAUUGAACAGCUGUUAGUAGCAGAAGUGGACUUGCCCAUAACCCAAUGUUUUGUGUUUCUAACUUCAGAAAGGCUUCAAAUGUACUUAAAAAAUUCCACCGAAAUCCACGCACUUGUCAAGGAGGCUCAUAGGUAUUUACGUAUAAGAUCUGAAUUCUGGCGCCAACAGGAGCCGAUGUACAGGCGGGCGCGGAAAACAACCGAACCCAAAUCUGUGAAAGAAGAAAAGGGGCCAUCGCGUGGAGAUCUUAAAGCCCUUCAGCGAGUGCUACACAUGCUUCAGGAUAUCAAUGAUGUGCAACAGACAGGCGACCAUGAGAAAACACUGCGUCUGUGUUUGGGACUUCGCAAGGACGUAAAAUCCCUGAAUCCAGGAAUACUGGAAAAGCAAGAGAUUAUGGCUGAUAUCUGGGCAUUCGAAGCUGUGUCGCACUUUCAAUUGCAAAACUUCCAAGAAGCCCGAGAUUGUUUCGGUGAGCAGCUGAAGAUUUGUCGAGAUGAGGGUCUGCAACACCAUAUACCUCGGUGUCUGGAGAACCUAGGACGGGCCUAUGCGAAACUUGGCAGUUAUCGAUCGGCAGAAUCUGUAUGGAUUGAAAGGCUUCGGUAUGACAUUACGGGUUUGGAUAAGGCUUGGCUGCAUUAUGAGAUUGCGCUAUGUGACAUGGAACUGGGUAAAUACGAAGACGCCAUCGUUCAUGGCCUUGCAUGUAAGAAGACUGCAGAAACCGAAUUUGACCUGAACUGGGAGCUGAAGGCAGGGGUGCUGAUUGCGCAGGCACAUUUUGCACUCGACAACCUUAGUGAGGCGCAAUUUUACUUCCAAAAUGCUCAGUAUACUGCCUAUGUACAAGAUGUAGAUAAAGCCAUUGAAACCAACGAACGCAAAGCCGUCGAAGAAGAAUAUGAACGUCUUUACUUUGAUGCUGAUCUGGAAAAAGGUUCUGGCAAAAACUAA